CUUCUGCUUCCAGAGAUGGCGGCUGCUGGUCUUGGAGAUCAUCUCACCUGCUCCAUCUGCCUGAGCAUUUAUACUGAUCCCGUGUCCCUGCCCUGUGGCCAUAACUUCUGCCAGGGCUGCAUUGGGAGAUCAUGGGACUCUCAGGAGGGAUCCGGGGCUUAUUCCUGCCCUGAAUGCAGAGCGGGGCAUCCGGAGCGCCCAGCCUUACAGAGGAACAGAACCCUGGGGAACAUAGCAGAGCAAUUCCUUUCUACUCACCCAGAGCAUGAUGGGACUGAGACCUCUGGGAAUAGAAGAUGCUCUGCACACAAAAAGAUCCUGGAGUAUUACUGCCCUAAGGAUGGUACCUGUGUCUGUGUGUCUUGCUGCCUGGCUGGGGAGCACCGGGGCCACAAGGUGGAGCUGCUGAGUGAGGCCUCUCAGAGGCAGAGACAGACCCUGAGGAAGGAUCUGAGAAAUCUAAACCUUGGGAGAGAGGUGAAUGAGAGAGGAGCCCAGAGGCUGCAGGAGCGCAUUAAAGAAGUGGAAUCGAAGGCAGCCGGCGAGACAGAGAGAGUCGCUGCCUAUUUCAGGGACAUCAGGGAGCGGAUGGAAGCCUUCGAGGCCCAACUCACAAGUGACAUCUCCGGGCAGAAAGAGAGGCUUUUACAGCCAUUCACAAGUCAAAUUUCCCAGCUGGAAAGAGAGACAGACGAGCUGUCUAAGAGGAUCCAUGACAUCGAAGAGCUGAGUUACAUAAGAGACCCACUCACGUUCCUACAGGCGCUGAAAUCAGCUGGAGUUGUGGGGACAGAGAGUGGGGGCACAGGGAGAGGGGAAAUACCGAUCCCUAAUGUAGGGGAUAUGGAUGUGGCUCGGGUCUCUGAUACAUUAGUCCCAGGCUUGGCCGGGAUUGUGCAGCAGGUAAUACACAGUAGGCUCUAUGGGCAGAGGGCAACAAACCUGUUACUGGAUUCAACCAGGGCUGGGGCAAAUAUCUGUGUAUCAGAGGACAGAAAAUAUGCAAACUAUGAAGAUAAUUUCCAGCAGCCAAAUAUACCCGAGAAGUAUAAGGAUGUGCAGGUUUUAAGCACUAGAAUUUUCACCUCAGGGCGACAUUACUGGGAUGUUAUGGGCAGUGAAUCAGGCAACUGGUGGGUCGGGGUGGCCUAUCCCAGUAUAGAGAAGAAAGGAGAGGAGUCCUGUAUUGGGAAUAAUAAUAAGUUCUGGUGUUUGCACAGAAGGCGGGAUGCUUAUUCAGUGAGGCACAACAGUAAAGUUACUGAUUUACGUCUUAGAGCUCUGUGCAGUAGGAUCAGGGUCUCAUUGGACUACGAGGCCGGACGCCUGUCUUUUUAUGAGCUGAGUGAGCCAAUCAGGCACUUACACACCUACACUGCCCAAUUCACUGAGCCCCUCCAUGCUGCAUUCUGGGUAUGGAGAUGGAAGUCAGAUGAUGUCUGGGUGAAUAUCAUUAGUUAGGGCUCUGCCCUCUGCCCACCAGGCAGUGGCUAAACUACCUUACAGCAGACCCCGUGGUUGUGGGGUGGCCCAAGGGACAGGGGGGUCCAGGCCAUGGGGUCUGCUCUAUGGUAGUCCCUCUUGCAAAUGAAGUUAAAACUGCCACCCACAGCAAGUAAGUGAGAGGAAGGUGGACAACACCUGACAGUGAGGGAGAGUGGCGCGGGAUGGGAGGGUUUCCAUGUAUGCAAGGUGACAGUGUGCACCGGGCACCAUCAUAGCUACUCCGCUGCAAACCUAUUCCCAAAGCUGCCCGUAGCCUGGUGAUGCCAGGAAAAUAUUGGGGCCAUGUUUAUGUUGGGCAUUUUCCAUAGCACUGACUGGGUGGCCAUUGGAAUUUAGCGACUCAGAUACACUGCAGUGCCUGUCCGGAAUUCCAUAUAUUGCUUUUAUUCAUAUAAAAAGGUUACACCAAUAUCAAUUGAAUCAUUCUGCCCCUUAGCCCUCAGUGCCCUGCUGGGUGCCCCUUGGUGCUCAGUCAGUGAGUGAUGGCCACUACACAUACAGUGUAACUGCUAGUUGAUCAAAAGAAAAUAGGUAAAUAAUUGUAAGCCUUUCCAUUUUGCCUCACAGCUGGCAAUUCUUUCCUGACUCCAAAAGGAUAGAACAGGAACGUUUUUCCAGGCAAUGAUUACGUUUAUUAAAAGGAAAUAAUGACGCUAACACAGUUUAAAUAAUAUCUGCGUUCGAUAAAUUUAUUGUUUUUAAUGAAUCAUUGAUUUUUUUUCUUUUCUUUGGAUUCUAGUUUUAUGAGAUAUUGAUUCUCUUUUUAAUGGAAUUAAUAAAAAGUUAUAUUUUAAUGCUAAA